CACGGCAAAGGAAACAAACCGCAAGCUGCUCAGGCUAUUGACGAAGUCGAAGAGGAUGCCCUUUUCGAAGCAGGAGAAUUCGGCGACUCCAAUCCAGGUGCACUUCAAAGAACUGUGUGGUGGUUUUUAUCCCUACACUUCGGUUUCCGAGCAAGAGACGAAAGUCGUAAGUUGCACUAGGGUGACGUUCAGCUUCCACAGCAGAAUGAUGGCCAAGAAGUCUUGGUUUGGUUGGCCGAGCAAGGCAAAAAGACCCGACAUGGUCAGGAGAGAGGACACCAAAGAGCGUUCCAACCAAAGAUUUAUGCCACCAAUACAGCGAGAUGUCCUGUCAGUUUUUUAAAAAAAUUCGGCAGUCACCGGCCAGUGGAAAUAAACGCACCAGAAUCACCGUUUUACUUAGCGGUCAGCCAUAAUCGACGAUCAAAUGAAGAAGUUUGGUAUAUGAAGGCACCCCUCGGAAAAAAUGAGAUAGGAAAGUUUUUGUCCACUGCAGCGAAGAAUGCUGGCCUUCAAAGAGAGGGAAAAAAGUAACUAAUCAUUCUGUCAGGAAAACCCUGUAUUUCGAGGCUCCUUGAUGCUGAUGUUCCAGAGAACUUUGUAGCCCAACUGAGUGGCCACAAAAGUACGGAGAGUUUACAGUCCUACAUGUCCGCCAGUGCUAAACACCAAAAGAGGAUGUCCUUGACCCUCAGCAGAGCUGACGUUUCUGGAUCCAGAGAUGAAGCGUUAUCAAGUGUCCAUAAUCAAGAGUUUGAAGUAGUAACUCGCUCGACUACAGACAUCGCUUCAAGUUCGACAACAACUACAUUGAUUGAUCAGUCAAGCGAUCCGUUACUGUCUUCCACCGCUCCAAUUUUUACAGGUGGAAACAUAGGAUCCAUCAGUGGGUGCACAUUCCAAAUAUUUCACGGCAAUGUGAAAAUCGUCCAGAAUGAAAGGAAGCGUCGCAUUGUUAUCGAUAGCGAUGAGGACGAUUGA